AUGGCGGCUACACGAAUAGUUUAUAGAAUUUUUGCCGGAAGUAAACCGAAAACAGUGGUAGAGAAAAUAAAAAUUCCAGAGCUAAAAGACGGCGAAAUUUUAGGUAAGAUAUUAGCUGCAACAAUAUGUGGAUCAGAUUUGCACACAUUAACUGGAAAACGCAUUGAAGCAAAUCCCAGUGUGUUAGGCCACGAAGGAGUCAUCGAAAUUGUUGAAAACAAAAGGGGAGGGUCCUUGUUAGGCAAAGGCGAUAGAGCAACGUUCCAUAUCGCAGAUUGCUGUAAAAAGUGCAUUUUGUGUAAAAGUGGCGUAGAGCAAAAAUGCAAAAAGUUAUUCAAGUAUGGUCACACACAGAUUGGACACCGAUCUACAGAGCUGAGUGGCUGCUAUGCUUCUCACAUUAUCCUUUUACCAGGAACACAUGUUGUAAAAUUACCUGAUAAUAUCCCGAAUAAAAUAGCUGCGCCUUUGAACUGUGCUUUAGCCACUAUGGUGAAUGCCAUAUCUUAUUCAAACCCAAGUAUGAAAUCAAGUGCCUUAGUACAGGGUGCUGGUCUGCUUGGGUUGUAUGGUUGUGUUUUGUUGAAAGAGAAAGGCUUUGAUAAAGUGUAUUGUUCAGAGGUUAAUACAGCAAGAUUGUCACUGGUUGAACAUUUUGGUGGCAUACCUAUUGGACCAACAUAUCCUACAAAGCUUGAAGAUGAGUCAGUUGACUUAGUUGUAGAGGUAUGUGGAGUUCCUAGUGUGUUCAAAGAAGGAAUCCGAGUUCUUAGACCUGGUGGGGUCUAUGCUUUGGUUGGUAUGGUGCAUCCAAAUUCAAAACUUGAUAUAACAGCUGAGCAAAUUAUUCGCAAGUGUAUUACAAUAACAGGUGUUCAUAACUAUUCUUCAAAACACCUUGAUGAGGCUGUGGAGUUGCUGUCAAGAACUAUUGAUAAAUAUCCCUUUUCAAAACUUCUUAGUCCUUCUUAUGCACUGUCACAAUUUGAUGAUGCUGUUGAGGAGGCUCUAAGUCAAUCUUAUCUCAGAGUUGUUAUCGAAGCAGCCCAAGAAUAGAAUGUGGUCGCUGACCCUUGGUUGCUUUACUACAACAGAUUUGGUGGUUUUAAAAGGUUGAGAAAUCACAGUCAACAUAACACUAAAUGAAAUUGACAAUAUUUUUGUAAAAUUUCCUUGUAAAAAUUUAAAUUAGUUUUUAAUUGUAUGUUGGGAAGGCUUCUAGUGUUUGUAUUUUUAACUUUUGUAUUUCUAACCUUUGUAAAAAGAUUGAAAA